GAACGAACGAAGUGGUGGUGGCGCCUUGUCUUGUGAUCUUCAUCUACAGCCAAAGACUAGAUCGAAGACCCUUAGGAUAGGGGAGAUUCACCCGUCUACGGCUUCGAUUCCGGAGGGAGUCUGGCCGGCUAGCUAGGCUAGUACAUCACCGUAGUCCAUAGCCACCCGUCAUGGCAGCAGAUGAGACUCCACUCCUACUGAGACAACCUCUGGUGAAUCUCGGGAGGUCAGACGUUGCCGACGACGACGUACAAGAAUCCCCUCCCCUCUCUCCUGAACUGUGCACCCAGCCUGUGCCCAGAGCCCUUGCAGGAGUCAUGGUCUAUGUGGAGGUGAGGUCAACAGACAGUCGGGAGAACAGGUCCAGUGCCAUUGCCUCUGAACUGGAGACCCUGGGAGCCACUGUGUGUCCAAGGUUCACCAAGGACGUGACUCACGUGGUGUUCAAAGAUGGGAAACCCUCCGCGAGGGAGAGAGCAGAGAAAAACAGAGUCUUCCUCGUCUCUCCACUCUGGGUCGAGGCUUGUAAGAGAGCCAAUGAUUGGAUAUCGGAGGCCAAGUAUCCAGUGAUCACUCGUGACACGGCUGACGCGUCCUCAACACCGGUCGUGUUAGGAAAGAUCAAGAGAAUCAAGUCAAUGCAGCCCAAACCUCUGGAGGAAGAGAUCGCAAAGAGCUUAGAGAGGAGGAGGAAGAGACCUUCGAGGGGCGAGGGGAGGGAGGCAGAGAAGAAGAGGAGGGAGAUCGUGGAGGAAUCCUCCAAUGAAAUGGAAGUUGAGCAGGACAGUGAGUUGGAUCUGCCAGUGAUCAAUCUUCCUCCUACUACCCCUAGACAGCCUUUCUCAGUUGCAGCAUCUAAUGCAGAAGUCACUCCAUUCCUGUCUGCCAACAACAACAACAGUGCAGACAAACAAACAAACAACAACAGUAAACAAACUGGUAAACAAACGACAGAGAAAGAAAACAACUCCAGACAGAAAGAAGUAACUACUUCAGCAACAAACAAAGACGAAGAUUUCCAGGAACCGAGUUCAAAGAUUGCCACCAAGAAGAACAGGGUGGGUUCAAAGGUCGUUUCCAAGUCAACCAAAAGGGCAGUAACAAUGAAAAAGUCGACCAAAUCGACAAAGAGUACCGUCGCGGCAAAGAAACGUGCUGUCGCUCUCGGAAAGGUUAAUGCUAAGAAAAGAGUGAAGAAGACAAGUGGCGGUAAGCCAACAGACCAACCAGAUGCCGUCUCUACUGAAUCUCCCUCAGCCAAACAGACAACCAGUACACAGGGAGUGGUUGGGUCAGUUGGUAAGAAGAAGAAGAGGAGAUCAAACAACAGUAGACCUUUCACCAGAGAUCUGCCCGGUCUGGUGAUGACCAGUGUUUCUAGAGGGGACCAGGAGUUGGUGCUGUCAGUUGUGAAAAAACUCGGAAGAUUCACCGUUAUCGACAUGGUGGAGGACACUACGACCCACGUGGUGUGCGGCAGAGGCAGGAGAACGGUCAAUGUUCUAUCAGCCACCGUCAGAGGAUGCUGGGUCCUCUCUCUGGACUGGGUGUGUCAGAGUUUGGAGGCAGGGAGGUGGCUGGAGGAGGAGAAGUUUGAGAUGACUGACAGCUUCCCCUCUGCCAAAUAUUUCAGAGAGGAGAGGGAGGAAGCAGGUCAUCUGUACAGGUCCAGUCUCUUCAAGGAGGCAGGCUCGGUGUGUGUCUCUCCUUCAACCUCUCCCCCUGCCCUCCAGCUGGAGAUGCUCCUAGUGGCUGGCGGAGCUAACGUGACCCGGAGUAUGAGGAAGGCAGAUGUGUGUGUUGGCUGCCACUCUCCGCGAGAGGGUCUGGAUGAGGGAGGAGCUGUCAGCGUGACUGAGGCAUGGAUACUCGGUGUGUUGAGAUCAGUCACGUUAUGUGUGUAUGUGUCAACUACGCAUGAGGUUUAAAGGCUCAAUUACAGUACGUAUGUUUUGUGUCAACUACGAGGUGUAUAUAGAAAGACAAGGGGAAAAGCAAACAAGUUAACUGCACCCGGGACAGCUGUUCUGGAUAAGAGAAGAGCUGCCCUGGGUCUGGGUGUGAUUCGAACCCACAACACUUGGCAGUCUAGUCUAGGCCUGCGCCAAUUACCGUCUGUUCUGGCAGUGGCGACUCAUUCUCAGAACCUUCUUUACUUUUGCCUCACCACUAUGCUACUUCACUCAGUAUGUACCUCAUUUGCAUUUAUGUGUGUUUAUUAACCGCAUGUAGAUUCAAUCUCGUCUCAUCGAAUGCUGUCCUACGAUGGCUACAUUCUGGACAAACCUCAGUCA